AUGAAAUCACUGUUCAACCGAAACCCAUCGUCAUCCUCAACGGCAUCACGCUCAACCUCACUGUUCGUGCAUACACGCGCGCGUCUGGCCGGGGAACUGGAAGAAGUAUUCAAGAAAUUCGACGUCAAUGGCGACGGGAAGAUCUCGGCCUCCGAGCUGGUAUCCAUAAUGGGAAGCUUAGGGCAGCCGGAAAGCGAUGAAGAACUGAACAACAUGAUCCGCGAGGUUGACGGAGACGGCGACGGUUGUAUAAGCUUACCGGAAUUCAUUGAGUUGAAUACGAAAGGUGUUGAUUCAGACGAGAUCUUGGAGAAUCUGAAGGACGCGUUUGCGGUUUUUGAUAUGAAUGGGAACGGGUCGAUUACGGCGGAGAAGCUGAAUACGGUUAUGAGGAGUUUAGGGGAGUAG